AUGCUUGGAUCGCUUCUGCUGGGUAUCGCCACGCUGCUGGGCGGGAUCUACGUCUUUCUGGUGUCCAACUAUGGCCACUGGAGGCGACGAGGCGUCACGGAGCCCCGGGUUCUUCCGCUCUUCGGCUCCUUUCCCAAUAUGGUGUGGCCACGCCAGCACUUUACCAUGGACAUGCGCGAUAUCUACAUGCGUUACCGCAACACGCACAGCUUUGUGGGUUGCUUCCUGCUGCGCGCCCCCAAGCUGCUUGUCCUCGAACCCCGCCUCGUCUACGAGAUCUAUGUGAGCGCCUUCAGUCACUUCGAGAACAACGAUGCCUCCAAGAUGAUCGACAUCGACAAGGAUCGCCUGGUGGCCCUCAAUCCGUUUGUGCUCGAGGGCGAUGAGUGGCGCCGCCAGCGGGCGGUCUUCUCAACGCUGCUGACCAACGGACGCAUCCGCACCACCCAUGCCAUCAUGCAGCGCGUCUGUGGGGAUCUCUGCGAGUUCGUGGCGAGGAAGUCGGUCGGCGGCUUGGAACUGGAUGGCAUUGAUCUCGGUCUCCGCUUUACCGGCGAAUCCCUGUUCGACUGCGUUCUGGGCAUCCAGGCGCGCACCUUCAGCGACAAUCCACUGCCGGUUGUCCGGCAAAACCAGGUGAUGUCCGCCGAGAAUCGCGGUCUGGCCAUCGCCGGUGCCGCCUGCGGUCUCUUCCCGAAUCUUCCCCGCCGCCUGCGACCCAAGGUGUUUCCCCGAUCCCACGAUGAAUUCUACGCCUCGCUGAUCAGCGAGUCUCUGCGCCUGCGCCGCUCCAAGCGGCAGGAGCGGAACGACUUUAUCAACCAUCUGCUCGAGAUGCAGCGGGAGCUCGAUCUCAGCGAGGAGGACAUGGCCUCGCAUGUCAUGACCUUCAUGUUCGACGGCCUGGACACCACCUCCAACAGCAUUGCCCACUGUCUUCUGCUGCUUGGUCGCAAUCCGGAUUGCCAGCGACGUCUGUUCGAGGAGCUCCAGAAGUCCAGUCCCGACGGGAAACUGCCCGAUCUGGACGCUCUGAUCGACCUGCCCUACCUGAGUGCCUGCUUCAAUGAGAGCUUGCGCAUUUAUCCCGCCGGCGGUUGGUCCUCGAAGACCUGCACCAAGGAGUUCGAACUGCGGGGCAGUCACCAUGCGGAACCGCUGAAGCUGCGACCCGGCGACAACCUGAUGGUGCCCAUCUAUGCCCUGCACAACGAUCCCGAGUUCUAUCCGGAACCGGAGGCAUUUCGACCCGAGAGAUUCCUGGACGGUGGCCUGAAGCGAUUCAAGCAGCAGGGCAUCUUCCUGGGCUUCGGCAACGGACCUCGUCAGUGCGUCGGGAUGCGAUUGGGCCUGGCCAUGGCGAAGGCCGCCCUGGCGGCCAUUGUCCAGCGGUUCGAGGUCCUGGUCAGUCCUCGCACCCGGAACGGCACCCAAAUAGAUCCCGUCAUCUUUGUGGGCGUCCACAAGGGCGGCAUCUGGCUGCAGUUUAAACCACGAAAGGUCUAG